CUAUCCCAAUACAGAGAAAAAAAAGGCUUUAGCACUAAAAGUGAUAAACCGCUUUCCAACCUUAAGAAGUGGUAAUGGUGAUGGUUAUGUAAGUAUUGUUAAGAUGUUUACUUCAGACAGUAUGUUGAAGGGAAAAGUUAAAAAAUAUUCCCCAUCAGGCUAUAUUGAAGAGCGUUUGAAAACGCUGAGAAAACAACUUCCAAUUACUGACAAGCCACACAAGCCGCAUCAGAAGCGCCUAAGAACAGAUGCAGUUGAUCUAGUCAAUGGACCCAUAACAGAGUAUUUUACAGAAGAUGAAAGGGUGCUCACCCAUGAACUUUUAAACGAGACACCUAAAGAGAAUCGCAUAAAAAUUAUUAUGGCAUCAACCUAUGAAAGUCGCAGUCUCUGGGUGACAACCUAUGAAAGUCGCAGUCUCUGGGUGAGGAAAGGAAGACCUCCAAUAAAAACAUUUUUUUCAUCAUUUCCCCCAUUAAGAAAUAUUUACUCAUCUGCGGUAAGCAGAUGA